UGCGUCAGUUGCUGUCGCACAUUUGUUAAGCGUGUGUAGAAUAGGUCAAACGACCUCUCACUGCUUUAAAAUGUCUCGGUGUAUCAAAUUGUUUCAAUUUGCUUUGGGUUCGUCUCAAAAGGCCAAUUCAAGAUUCUUGUCAACUGGACGGGGAUUAGGCUGUAGGGUUGUAACUAGCACGUUUGCAGGAGACGGCCCGGUAAGACAGCAGGAGAGAUGGUCUAGACCCCGGUUAUGGAGCCCCCGGCACACCCAGUGCUCCUUCUACAGCACCCAGGAGGCAGAGAAAGUCCCAGAGGAAGAGCCCCUGCACACGAUUAUUAGCGACACCGAGAGUGUAGCAGGCUCGGCCUCCAAGCAUGAGUUCCAGGCUGAGACGAAGAAGCUGUUGGAUAUUGUGGCCAGGUCUCUCUACUCUGAGAAGGAGGUGUUCAUCCGCGAACUCAUCUCCAACGGCAGCGACGCCCUGGAGAAGCUGCGCCACAAGCUGAUGACGGGAGGGGGCGACACGGCGCCCAUGGAGGUCCACCUGCAGACGGACCCCGUCAAGGGCACGUUCACCAUCCAGGACACGGGGGUGGGCAUGAGCCAGGAGGAGCUCGUGGCCAACCUGGGAACCAUCGCCCGCUCUGGCUCCAAGGCGUUCCUGGACGCCCUGCAGAGCAAGGCAGAGGCCAGCAGCUCCAUCAUUGGUCAGUUUGGCGUGGGCUUCUACUCUGCCUUCAUGGUGUCGGACCACGUGGACGUGUACUCCCAGUCUGCUGAGCCCGGGGCGCCCGGAUACAAGUGGUCCUCCGACGGGUCGGGGGUGUUUGAGAUCGCCGAGGCCAGCGGAGUCAGACAGGGCACCAAGAUCGUGCUGCACCUCAAGGACGACUGCAAGGAGUUCUCCACCGAGGACAGAGUCAAAGAGGUGGUGACCAAGUACAGCAAUUUUGUCAGUUUCCCCAUCUUCCUCAACGGACGAAGGCUCAACACUCUCCAGGCCCUGUGGAUGAUGGAGCCGAAGGAGAUCAGCGAGUGGCAGCACGAGGAGUUCUACCGCUACGUGGCCCAGUCGUACGACCGGCCCCGCUACACGCUGCACUACCGCGCCGACGCCCCGCUCAACAUCCGCAGCAUCUUCUACGUCCCCGACGCGAAGCCGUCCAUGUUCGACGUGAGCAGGGAGAUGGGCUCCAGUGUGGCGCUGUACAGCCGGAAGGUUCUGAUCCAGACCAAGGCCGCUGACAUCCUGCCCAAGUGGCUCCGCUUCCUCCGAGGUGUGGUGGACAGCGAGGACAUCCCGUUGAAUCUGAGCAGAGAACUUCUACAAGAAAGCAACCUCAUCAGGAAGUUGAGGGACGUCCUCCAGCAGAGGAUCAUCCGCUUCCUGCUGGAGCAGAGCCGGAAGGAUCCGGAAAAGUACGGCAAGUUCUUCGAGGACUACGGCCUGUUCAUGCGGGAGGGCAUCGUCACGUCCAACGAGCAGGAUGUCAAGGAAGACAUCGCCAAGCUGUUGAGGUACGAGUCGUCGGCGCUGCCGGCGGGCCAGCAGACCAACCUGACAGAGUACGGCAGUCGCAUGAAGGCCGGCACGCGCAACAUCUACUACCUGUGUGCCCCCAACCGGCACCUGGCCGAGCACUCGCCGUACUACGAGGCCAUGAAGCAGAAGGACAUGGAGGUGCUGUUCUGCUACGAGCAGUUUGAUGAGCUCACCCUGCUGCACCUGCGCGACUUUGACAAGAAAAAGCUCAUCUCCGUGGAGACCGACAUCGUAGUCGACCACUAUAAGGAGGAGAAAUACCAGGAUGCUAAGCCUGCGUCGGAGCGUCUCACAGAGGAGCAGGCAGAGGACCUGCUGGCCUGGAUGAGGAACUCCCUGGGUCCUAGAGUCAUCAACAUCAAGGUGACCCCUCGCCUGGACACCCACCCAGCCAUGAUCACGGUGCUGGAGAUGGGCGCCGCCCGACACUUCCUCCGCACCCAGCAGCUGGCGCGCACCCCGGAGGAGAGAGCCCAGAUCCUGCAGCCCACCCUGGAGAUCAACGCUGGACACGACCUGAUCAAGAAGAUGCACGCCCUGAAGGAGUCUGACUCUGAACUGGCUGGCCUGCUGCUGGAGCAGAUCUACGACAACGCCAUGAUCGCUGCCGGCCUCAACGACGACCCCCGCCCCAUGAUCUCCCGCCUCAACGAGCUACUGACCAAGGCUCUGGAGAAGCACUGAAACACACACACUCAGACUGCCAGGGCUGGCACCUAAAGCCUCUACACACACACACACCUGCUCCAAACGGCCCAGCCUGUCCUAAUGAUGCCGCUCCAUCUUGUCCUGACGCCCGCUCAUCCACCUGGCGUUAUACGCUUGUGUGCUCCGAGGAAAACGACAGAGCAAGGGAUGACCUUUUAACGGCCUCGCUGCUGAGAACCUGUCGCUUCAUUAUUGAACCCUGUACUCCAGCGCUAGAUACGGUAAUUUGUCGUGUCGUCAAAUCUCUACAGCUCUUCUCUUUGUGUGUUUUUAUGUGUUCGGAAUGGUGGAUCAUGUGACUGCAGGUUGACACGGCCGGGCCCUUGACUGGGAAGGGGUGAUCUAGUUGUGUAUGGUGGCGCGUUUGUGCUUGGAAGUGAGGCUGGUACAAGUGAAUGGACUGGAUUUCAAGUCAUUGCUAACAGUUUAACCUGUUACAGCUCGUCCUUUUUUUAUUUCCGCAUACUUUUUUGGUUUUGUCAUUCAAGUUUGUCUUUUGUAGCACUUUGGCCUAAUUUGUUUAAAGAAAACUCAAACUUCUCCUGGUUUUGACAGGUAUAGACACAACUUGUAUAACAUUGAAACCAUGCUAUGGAUUCAACUUCAUCAGACAUUUAUCAUCCUAUUAGUGUAAAGUUCAGUGCCCCAACAUUCAUCAGUUAAACACGUUUUGAAUUCCAUCCAAGAAUGUGACCUGGGGUCUUGAUUGUCAGGCAUGAUUUAGGUGAUUGUGAAUAAAAUAUUUACUGUA